AUGGCAAGCAUUCAAGACGUGUCGCCGACAAAGUUGCCCUCUGAGCGUGCUCCGCUCCUUCCAGAGCGGCAGGACGCAAUAAGCAGUGAACGCCAAUUCUCCCCGUUGACGCUCCUAAUCCCGCUAGCUGUCGCGACACGACUUACUUCGACGCUCCUGCAACUACAUUAUUGGAGGUUAUCCAAUCAGUCAUCUGUCGGUUGUGGCUCACAGCAAAUGACAACUUCCCACCAGGCGGGGAGAUAUCCAAGGAACUAUGCGCAGUUCCAGAGUGUGAUCAGCUAUAUUAGCUCUAGACUUGGAAGAAAACCAGUCAUCCUUGGCGCAGUUGCCGUUAGCUUUUUGGCCUAUUUUCUUAUGGUCUGCUCCCAGUACUUGUCUGGAUGGCCAGGAGCAACUGUUUUGGCCGCCUCUCUAUUAUUGCAAGCAUUCGGUAAUCCCCUGAUUAUGAUGUUCAUGGUAAACAUCUACACCGUUGAUAUCUCCAGUGCUGAGGACAGAACACCCGUUUUGAGUGCCAUCAAUGGAUGGGCUAUCCUAGGACAAUCAGUCUCCUUUGCUAUUGGUGGUCUUGUCACCACCAAGACUAAUAACCCGCUAAUCGUAUACUACAUCUCUAUUUCCGUUCUCGGGGCAAUAUUCGUCUAUGUCUUAGCUUUACUCCCCGAAUCAUUACCAAAAGAGAAACGGGAUGAACUACGUCGCCAGCGCCUUGCUCAGCAGAAUGUAGAAGGAAGCGCGCGUCGAAAUUUAUCGAGCCGCCUCAUAUCUAUGGUAGCCAUUGCUUUCGAACCCCUGAAACAGCUCGUUCCUGCCCGCAAGGAAGAUGGCAGACGGAACUGGCGAGUAGUGUAUUGUGCAAUUCAUAUUAUCAUCGCCAUGCUUGCGGACUCGUAUACGCCGGUGGCCCUUACGUUGUUGUACACAACGAAAUACAAGUACAACUCUGCUCAGACCGGAAUUAUGUUGACAACACUGAGCUUGAGCGCUGUAUUCUGUCUUACAUACACGAUACCCUCGCUGAUUCGCGUAUUGCGUCCGAUUUACGCCAGGAAGGUUGUUCUUCCCGAAGAUCAACAGGAGCCUAGCGAUGACGCUGCUGUGUCUACGUCGACAGACCUUCUCGAUGUCCACAUCAUCUUCGUCUCCUGGGUCAUAAAUGCUAUUUCCUAUAUAAUAGCGUCUGCAACGACGACUCGUGUUUCACAUCUCAUAGCCGUGAGCGCUGUCGGUUUCAGCGCAGCACAUAUUCCCAUCACUCGAAGUCUCGCAGUAUCAUCGGUGGACCCCUUGAAACAAGGAGAGGUACUGGCUGCUAUCGAAAUGAUGUCAAGCAUUGGAGCCUUCCUCUCUCCUCUUGUCAUGGGCAGCAUUUUUACUGCCACGAUCUCGAGUCAACCGAUGUUGGUGUUCUAUAUCCACGCGGCGAUCGUGAUGGCGGCUGCGUCGCUACUCUUUCUCGUCAGAGACUCUGAUCGUUAUCAGAAACCAUUACAGACACAAGACUAA